UCAUUCAUGUCUGCGGUCCGGGGGACGUCUCCCAGAAUAACAUUUACUCGAUACUUGGGGGAGGAAAGUUUGUAUUAAAUGGUGUCCAAGGACUUUUCGACUCCUGGUGACAUCUUGAUCUUGCAGAAACCACAGGUCACAUACUGUACCAUCAUCUUGACCAGGAAAUCUGUCACUUGGGUCUGCACUUACAUUCAGGCCACCUCACCCCAAAAAGGUUUGGCAAAGUCAGCCCACAAUAGUUCUUGUGACUGUAUUAACAGUUAAAAUUAUCUGGAUGAUUUUUAGUCAGUGAUUUUCAGUAGGCACAAAAUGCCAAGAUGCCUAUCACUGAGGACAAUGCCUUCCGGACCCUGGUGCUGCUGGAGGACUGGCACAGGGCUCAGACCAUCAGCUCACAGCAGAAGAAUGACAUAAAGAGAGAUUGUUUUAAUUGGAAGAAUAAAGACUUCAACAAUGAAGAAAAGGACAUGUGUUGCAGCAACAGUGUUGACAGUGAGGACAACAUACCCUUAUGUCUGGCUGCAGUUCAAAAGUUGAUGGAGUAUAUUCAAUUCAACUUUACUGAGAGUGACACAGUUUUAGCAACAACCUCAUUUUCCUGUGGAGAUGUAUUGGAUGCUGAAGUUCAUGCUGUUUCCAUUAAAAAAAAGGAGGAAGAUGGAGAUGAAUUUGGUCUGAGUUUUGGGAACAUCCCUGUUUUUGGGAGUCCUGGUGUAAGAAAAAAGGGAGGCCCAAGGAAGAGGAGGGAUCAGUGCCCCAUCGUUGAUGUAGGCUGCAUCUGGGUGACAGAGGUGAAGAAGAAAAGUCCUGCAGCAUUUUGUAGGAAAAUCAAACUGAGAGAUGAGUUGCUGUCAAUAAAUGGACAACUGAUGGUGGGAGUUGAUGUCAAUGGAGCCAGUUACUUGGUUGACCAGUGCUGGAAUGGAGGAUGCAUUUAUUUGAUCCUGUUGCGUCGAGUCAAAAGAAAAGCUCCUCUGCCUCCAUGUGAUGUCCAUAAAGAUGCCAGUUUUCUUAUCGACAAUGACAACUAUGAGGAUCGGCCUUAUAAGGAGCAAGACAGAAGUCCCUCAGAGGCGUGCUUGUCAAAUGGCAAACGCACACGCAAGUUUGGUGUCAUAUCACAUUCAUAUUUCAGUCUAAACGAUAGGGAGAAUACAGACUCAGACAUCCACAGGAGUCCACAGAACUACAGCCCGUCUCCUUAUAUUGACACAGAAGUCAGGCUUCAAAUGGACAACUCUGAUUGCAGGGCAGACUCUUCUCCUCAACUGAAAACUAUCCCUGUACACAGUGGACAUCCUUCUACUCUACCUGCAAGAAGUCUCAGUCAGCUGUUAGAAAGUAAAAUGGAUACUUUCUUCAGUGAAACACCAAGUCAGCCCAGAAAAGGAAGCCACAUCUGGAAGAUGCACGUGGUUAAAGGUCAGGGGGGUCUUGGCAUCCAAAUUACAGGGGGGCGUGACUCCAAGAGGUCUCCUCAUGGAAUCAUUAUUGCUCAUAUAGAGCAGCAGGGUGCUAUUCACAGGGAUGGACGCCUUCAUGUUGGUGAUGAAUUGCUGAUGGUUAAUGGUCAGUCACUAGUGGGUCUCAAACACCAGGAGGCUGUAGCUAUUCUUCGGUCCACUACUGGUUUGGUCCAGCUGGUAGUGUCCAGCCAGGACACUUCAGAAGUGGAUUUUAAACUCCUAACGUUUACAAGUCUGCCAGACCUUACCAGCACCUGCAGAGUCUUUUCCGCUCUGUCUCAGACUUCUCCACAGUUCGCCUCCACGGUCCCCCAAAGCACUGAUCUUCACAAAUCAUCCAUGGUAACAAAUCUGGAGGAAGUAAAAGAGUUAAAUAACAGUGAAACUCCAAUAGAAUCCCGCUGCAGCCCCACACCUAAGAAGUUGUUUAGUUCGUCUCAAGGUGGGAUCAGUUUCCUGGAAUCAGUUGGUGAGAAUGAUGAGUUAUUUGUGCAGAGUUGCAUGGGUAGCAGUGAAGUAGCAGAGAUGCCUGAUCAACGCAAACACUCCUUACCUCAGCAGCUGGAUUCUGCUGGUGUAAGACAGGAAUAUCAGGUAAUUAGGAAAUCAGCCCGCUCCCUCAGCAUCGUUCAAGUAGACUCUCCAUGGAGACUGGGGCAACCAUCCAUUAUCUCUACCAUUGUGCUGAUGAAAGGCCAGGGCAAGGGUCUUGGAUUCAGUAUUGUUGGUGGGCAGGACUCAGCGCGUGGUCAGAUGGGGAUUUUUGUAAAAACUAUUUUCCUUCAUGGAGCUGCAGCAGCUGAUGGACGACUUAAAGAGGGAGAUGAGAUUCUGGAGGUAAAUGGGGAGUGUCUCCAAGGACUCACACACCAUCAGGCAAUUCAAAUCUUUAAGCAGCUGGAAAAAGGUGUCGUGACUCUCACUGUUCGAACACGUCUGCGAAAUCCCAGCCUAACACCACGUACAACACCUACCAUCCUCAGUCGCUCUAGUUCACCCAGUUCUAACACUGGUGUAACUACAACUGUUCCUAUAGGAGUGGAAGAGGCUGAUGGAAACAGAGUUCCUGGCCCAGAUUCAAAGGACUGCAUCAUCAUGGAGAUCAUGCUUCAUAAAGAGCCUGGUGUUGGUCUGGGGAUUGGAAUUUGUUCUCUGACUUUGGAAAACUUCACUCCUGGUAUCUACAUUCAUAGCUUGGCUUUGGGAUCUGUUGCCAAGUUUGAUGGAAGGCUCAGUCGUGGAGAUCAGAUACUGGAGGUGGACUCAGUCAGUCUUCGUCAUGCUGCUCUCAGUGAGGCCUACGCUAUUCUUAAUGUAUGUGGCCCAGGACCAGUCAGUCUCAUGAUAUGUAGGCACCCAGACCCCAAGGUGUCAGAACAAGAGAUGGAUCAUAUUAUUUCUCAAUCAAUGUACAAGAACAAAAUGAGCAGAAACAGACAACCAUUCUUUUCCCAAGGUUUGUUCUGUAAGAGCCCAUGCUCUGAUGUGAAGGACAGGCAAAGAGAUUCCCCCUCUGCCCUCAGUUGGGCCAUGAAAAGAUUCCUUGAUCCUCCCAAAAGAGGAUCCAUAAGCUCACUGACAGAGUUCUCUCAGGACAGUCCCAGAUGCCAUUUCCUGUCUGAUUCUGUUCAUAGCUGCAGCACCUCAAUGGAAGACAAAUUACAACCUCAAG